UCCCCCACCCCCUGGGGCCCGGGGAGGUCUCGCGGGCUCUCGCGAAGGGUUAACGCGUCCCGAUCGCACGAGGGGGAGGAGAUUCCCCGCAGCCGAGUGAAAAGCGGGCGAUGGCCCGGAGUGCGGGCACUAAGACCGCCAGGCUCGGCCCCGCGCGGUGCAGGCAGGCGAGCGCGCGCAGCACGCACAGAGCGCACGCGGCGACUCCCAAGAGCGGCCCCGAUGAACAUGUCAGUGCUCGCGCUGCAGGAGUAUGAGUUCGAGAAGCAGUUCAACGAGCAUGAAGCCAUCCAGUGGAUGCAGGAGAACUGGAAGAAAUCGUUCCUGUUUUCCGCUCUGUACGCUGCCUGUAUCUUCGGCGGCCGGCACCUGAUGAACAAGCGGGACAAGUUCGAGCUGAGGAAGCCAUUGGUCCUCUGGUCACUCAGCCUCGCGGUCUUCAGCAUCUUCGGUGCUCUUCGAACUGGUGCCUACAUGCUCUACAUCCUGAUGACCAAAGGCCUGAAGCAGUCCGUGUGUGACCAGAGCUUCUACUAUGGGCCCGUCAGCAAGUUCUGGGCGUAUGCCUUCGUGCUGAGCAAAGCGCCAGAGCUCGGAGACACCAUCUUCAUCAUCCUGCGGAAGCAGAAGCUGAUCUUCCUGCACUGGUACCACCACAUCACUGUGCUCCUGUACUCCUGGUACUCCUACAAGGACAUGGUGGCCGGCGGCGGCUGGUUCAUGACCAUGAACUACAGUGUGCACGCCGUGAUGUACUCCUACUACGCACUGCGUGCCGCGGGCUUCCGCGUGUCCCGCAAGUUCGCCAUGUUCAUCACGCUCUCGCAGAUCCUGCAGAUGCUCAUGGGCUGCGUGGUCAACUACCUGGUCUUCCGCUGGAUGCAGACGGACCAGUGCUACUCACACUUCCAGAACAUCUUCUGGUCCUCGCUCAUGUACCUCAGCUACCUGCUGCUCUUCUGCCACUUCUUCUUCGAGGCCUACAUCGGCAAGGUGAAGACGGCCCGGAAGGCGGAGUAGGCGGGGCCUGCCAAGGCCACCGCAGCUCAGGGUCACCCCGAAACACGACCGGCACGAGAGACACGGCACACUGAACCCCAGGCGGCCUGGGGGUGGGGAGGGCGGUGGGGGGGGUAGGUUGGCCGAGCCCAGUAAGUUGAUGACCCUGUCCGGGUGAGGACUCGCUGUGGAGACACCUCCGUCCCAGAGACUGCCGCCCCAAGGGCCCCUCCCUCUCCGUCAGCGCUAGGACACCAGACAACGGAGCGAGCAGACGCAGAGAGAGAGAGAGCGCCGGAAGGCACACACAUGCUGGGAACACUCUAGGGAAAGGAAAGAAAAAAAAUGUAUUUACUAAGUGUUAUAUUUCUCUAAGGAUCAAAGAAGUUUACUUAAAACUGCGAGCACACACGCACAGGCAGACACGCGCUCGCGCGCGCGCACACACACACACACACACACAUACACACACACAAAAUCCUUUCUGACGUUCUUUGACACACAAUACUGGAGCCAAUAGCAAAGCUGCGAUAUGGCAGUGGGAACAGGGUGUAGGUGUAGACCGACGAUGCUCUCGCCGGAACUCAAGCCUUUUCACGGACGCGCGGCCCUCCCCUGGGAACAGACGCCCGGCCUGCGCCUCGGGAAACAGACGCAGCCCUGCAGCCCAGGGAAAGCCGCUGCUCCUCUCCGUGGGCCCCGUCCCCCAAGGGUCCCCCACCCCGUGAGCGUCGCUCGCGGUGUCCCCGGGGCUACGGGGAGGAAGGACAUGCUGCCUGGGCCUUGGGUCAGCGCAGACCAGGCCUGGGUCAUGGCGGGCAGGGGAGCCACCUGGCCCCACGCGCUCAGACCUUCCCCGGCGGAAGCCUGUGGUACAGUCCAUAUUUUCUAUAUUUUUGUGAAUCUCAAAAAGAAACCCGCAGGGCUCCUCCUGGUCUGGGGUGAACACUGUGUUUCCUGCAUCCCCUGGCCCGCCCCCGCGGGCAGGGGUGUUUAAAGUGCCCUCUGCUGGCCAAGUGGAGAUAUUUCGACAAACACUUCAUGGCAAGUUUGGUUGCAACCGUUGGCGACAAAGGGCCCCCUUCCUUGACUUUAUUCUAAAUGGUAGAAAACACUCGUCCUCCAUUUUUUUUUUCCUCCUUUUUUUGGGCCAAAUCAGAAGACAUGUCUUCUUGCUUCAAAAGGGAUUUUUUUUUUCACUCUAGAACUCAGAUAAAUUUAUUAAGAGCCAUAUUCUUUAAGAAAAAAAAGAAAAAGCUAGAUAAUAUUACAUGUGAUAUUUCAAUCCUUUACAAGCCAAAUGUGUAAAUGUUCCUAGUAUUUCAAAAAAAAAGCAAUUACGUAAAGUUGUUCAAUGUGAUAUAAUAGUAUUCUAAUUGGUUUAGUAGCUUAAUGAUUAGACAAACUAGGUGAAAAGUUUUAGGGGCUUCGCAACAUCGCCUAGAUUAUCCAUGCAUAGCUGCAAACGCACGUGGAUGGGGGCACACUGAACUUCAAAGCCCAGAUGAAUAGAAACCUAUUUUCUGAUUAGCAGAAAAAAAAAAGAAAAAUGAUACUGUUGUUUUAAAAAAAAUCUUACUUGCUUUAUUUGAAAGUGUACAGAAAAGGGAUUUUUUCAAAAUUAUUUUUAUAUUAUUUUAGCUUUACUCAGAUGCUGUCAUUCAUGAGACAGGGCCGCUCUGCCUCUCUGCCGGAGAUGACACAGGCUCUGUCUGCCUCUUGUUGAUGUGUGGAACCUGAGAGAAUAAAGCUGUAUUCCAUUCUG